AUGGCUGCUAAAGAUGAAAAUUCCAACACCGUUUUACAAGGAAUUGCUCGUCAUAUCAAUUGUUUAGGAGAAGAGAAUCGAAAUACCAGAAAGAAGGCAUUAGAACGUAUUCAUAAGGAAACUUUGAAACGUGACACUCCUCUUGAAGCAACAGAUCUAAAAGUAAUAUUCAGAGAAGUUUUACCACCUGUUUUAAAAAUUUUCUCCGAUCCAGUCGAAAAAUGUCGAGAAUUGUCUGUAAAUUUGAUCUCAUCAUUCCUAAAGUCUGUACCAGAACCUGAAGACCAUCUCUAUUACAUUAUCCCGGUACUGGUAGCUAGACUUGGGCAGCAGGAUAUCAUCGAGCCAUCAGAAGAACAGAGACUUUUGCUUAUAGAAUUAUUGAAACAAAUGGUGGAAUGUUCUGGAAAGAAAAUGGCAGUCUAUUUAGAUGAUUGUGUCACUAUUUUACAAAGAACUGUUAUCGAUCCCUAUCCAGAAGUUAAAAAAGAGAGUUGUAAAUGUGCAGCAUUCUUAGCAAGAUCAAUUCCUGAACAUUUUCAUAUGUUGUCAGAAGCCUUAAUCAAACCGUUAUUAAUUGCCAUUGCACAUCAACAUUCUAAAGUUCGAACCAUAGUUGUUGAAUCUAUAGGUGAUGUAGUACAAUAUGGAAAUGGUAAAACAGUAGAACCUGUCAUAUCACAUUUAGCCCAGAGAUUAUUUGACCAGGCACCAGCAGUGAGAAAGUCUGUUAUUAAAGUUAUUGGAACAUGGUUAUUGAAUCUACCUGAUAGAUAUUCAUUCUUCCAUAGAUUAGUCCCACUUUUAUUGACUGGUAUAACUGAUGAACAACCAGAGAUAGCUGAAUUAGCUGAUUCAUAUUGGCAUGAUGUUGGUAUAAAAUAUGAGAGAGAAAAUGAAGAUGAUUUGAAAGAUAAACAAGAUUUUGCUAAAGAAGAUCCUAAACAUUAUCCACCUAAUGUUGAAAGACCAAAUUUAGGCUGUAGAACAUUAAUUAUGAGACAUUUGUCGAAGAUAUUACCUGGUUUAAUGAAGGAUAUAACAGACUGGGUUUUAGAAACUAGAAUCAAGUCUGCAGCACUAUUGUAUGUUUUACUGUUAAACGCUGAAGAAUAUAUAACACAACAUAUGGAAAUAGUUUUGUCAGGAUCAUAUAGAGCUUGUAUGGAUGAAGAACCUAAAGUUGUCCAUGAUGUUCAAAGAGCAUGUGAAUUGAUUGGAUAUUUUGUGUCACCAGAAGUAUGGUGUAAAAUAGUAUUGAACAAUUUGAAAUCCUCUCAGUCCUAUGGUAGUUUAAUGGUGACAGCUGCUGUAAUUAAAGGCUCUGAACGUCAAUCAUUGAAACCCUUUUUACCUUCAAUUUGUGAAACUUUAACUUUGUCAGAUGUUUGUCACUCUGUUCAGGUAGGUGUAGAAAAUGCAUCUGUACACGUACAGUUACUAUCCUGUGUUAGUUCUAUAUGUACUGUAAUGAAGGGAGAUAUAGUAGAGAUUGGGUUACCUUUAUUUACUCUAUGUUUAACUGUAUUAUCAUUGUCUCAGGAUGAACAAAUAAAACAAUCGGCACAGUCAUCAUUAGAAACUAUAGCUAUAUCACAUGGUAUGAGUAGUAAACAAGACCUAUAUAAUAAAUAUACAGUAGAAGUUAUACAACAAUAUAAUGAUAAUUACUAUACAUGGACUAAUCAUACUGUAGAGAGACAAAUAUUUGAUACUUUAUUACUAGAGUCAGGAGAUGUAAUGGGUGAUUUAUUACCAAUCAUAAUACCAAUAUUAGUCACCAAUCUUAAACCAGAUAAAGAUCCUGAAAUGAGACUCAAAUUCUUCACCUUGCUAUCUAAAUUAGUAUUAAACUCAGGUAGUACUCUAGAUUCUAGAGAUAAGUUCAGUGAACAUGCGGUAACAGUGGUUAAAGAUAUGAUAAUGCCCAAUUGUACAUGGAGAGCUGGUAGAACAGCUGGUGCUAUAAGAACUACAGCCGUAUCUUGUUUAUGGGCGUUAUUACAAAGUAAAGUUCUUACUAAAGAAAAGAUGGAACCAAUAGUGGAAGGUUUAUUAACUCAGAUGAUAACUACUAUGGAAGAUGACAAUAAGAGUACUAGACUAAUAGCUUGUCGAGUGAUGACCAGAAUAUUUGGUUUAAUGGGAGGCAGUCUAAAUCAAGACAGAUUACAUAAUAUAUAUCCUGAAUUAUUAAAACGUUUAGAUGACAGUAGUGAUGAAAUUAGAAUCAUGGUGUCCAAAACGUUUCUAGCCUAUUUUGAUUGUUUCGAUAAGGGAUACGAUCCAGAAUUAUACAAAGCACAUUUAGAAGAUCUAUUUCGAGGGUUGUUAGUUCAUUUAGAUGAUCCUGAACCCAAAAUACAGGACGCUUUAUUAGUUGUAUUAAAGCGAGCUGGUCAGAUACAUCCUGGUAUGUUAAAACAAGAAAUAGAAUCAGUGAAACAUAAACAUCGAUCUGUUAAAUAUUGUGAGAUGUUACUACAAGAUAUACAGGUUCAAUAG